AUGGCGGAGGAAAGUUUCAAUGGUAAUAUUUCGGAAAGAAUGAAUGAUUUCGAUGCUUCGGAUGUGCUUUACCUGGAUAGUAUGAAUGUCGCCAAUGAAGUAGUCGUGGAAACUUAUUUUCAGCAGCAGCAGGGACAACUGGAAAAUUUAAUGAAUGCAAGCGAAAUGUCUACUGUUCAGCCUAUAGUUCAUGAGAGUUAUACUAUUCCGGACGUUCAGAAUUACGUAGAACAGGAUAAUUCCAUUGUUGCUUUGGGUAACGCAUUUCAGAAUGCAUUCCGCGAUGAGCAGCGAGAAAUGCUGGAAAUGACGAAUAAUCUGGUAGAUAGCAGCAAUGUAUUUACUAUCAAUACAACGCACUACGAACAGGUUGAUGUCGAUGAAGUAGUGGUUACUACGAGUGUUCAACCAGAUUAUACAGAUCCUAUAAUCGACAAGAAAAUCAUAAGUGGAAAUGAAGACACAAAACUAAUGAAAGAAGUAUCGCUGGAACAGGAAGAUAAACUUGAUCCAGUUCCACUAGUAGUUCGUCACCAAACUGAGAUAAUGAGCAGCGGAAAAACAGAACUAAUCGGAGGUGUAUUGUUUUUGGCAAUCUUUAAGUUCGAUUUAGUCGGUAGGGAAAGACAGAAAAUGGGUCACAAAGAUACUGAUGGGAACGGUGAUGCCGAUUCACAAUCUCCAGAUAUCGGCAAAGAUCCACAUGAUUUCCGGUCAAAGAGCUUCAAACUUCCCAUUAACCCAUCUCUGUCAGGAACUAGUGAAGAAUUCAGUUCAACACAUCGUAUGCUUACCCGUUCUGCAGCCAAAGCUGCUAAAUCAGCGGAAGUUAAGAAAACACCAAAAAAACGUAAAAUGAUUGGGACGAGUUCAACAUCGAGUAGUAGUGCAACACCAGCACGUUCUGCUCGAACUUCGUCAGCCAAAAAGAAUGCGAAGAAACCAAGACGUUCAUGCACAGCACACAAAUAA